AUGAGUCAUAGAUUUAUUAAUUAUGAUUUAGAAAAAGUCUCAUCCAUUCUUAUCAUCUAUUUAGGUUACAGUAAAUUCACUGCAUCGCUAUGGGCUGAAUUUUUUACUGUCGCAAUAUUGGCAGCAUAUUUAUAUGCUGGAAUAACUGGAAUUCAGGCUCUGUAUGCAAAUUUUGAUGCUAAAAUGCUACUACCACCUGACUCCAAAAGUAUCGAAGGAGUUCAAAUUAUGAAUGAAAUUGUAUGGCCAGAUUAUUUAGGUAUUAAUUAUAUCAUGCGCAAGCCACCAAAUUUUUCGAAUCCCCUCGAAUACCGAAGUUUCAUGGCAAUGGUUAAAGAAAUUGAAGCAUCGAAGAACUCGUUAGGAGCAGAAGCAACUAUGCAUUGGGUCAAGGAUUAUCUGCGCUAUCUUGCUAAUCCCAGCGCAAGUAAACUUGAUGUUAUUUUUGGGAUAUCUGGUCCUGAGGCCAAUGAUAGUGUUUAUUUGGAACAAGGCAAUUUAGGUCUCGAUAUGUCACAAUUCGAUGCUUUUAUCAGCACUGAUCCAUACAUAGCUUGGAAGUCUGGCAUCCGUUAUAACCGAAAUUUUCAUAAUCAGCGAGUUUUAUUCUACAAAUUUGUUUUUUUAACACAAAAAAAUUUUCGAUUUAUGACAGAGAUAACUUCCAUGCUACUGAUGAUUGGCUACAAUAAUAUUACAUCGUUAGCAAGCAAAGCUGAAAUGUUACGUUCUUGUCGUGAAAUAUGUGUGCGUUACGCUGAAUACGAUAUGGCACCGUUUGGCACUGACGCUGAAUUGGUUGACGUUAUACUCUCUGUUCCUUCUACUACUGCCAACACUGUUCUCUUCACGAUUGGAGCGACUGGUGUUGUGUUCUUUAUUUUCUCCUUGAACUUUAUCAUUUCUGUCUUGGCUACCUUAUGUGUAAUAUCUAUAUGUACAGGUGUCAUUGGUUUUUUGCAAAUAUUGGGCUGUUUUCUGGAUCCUUUCUUAAUGGCUACCAUAAUAAUAUCUGCUGGUUUGAGCGUUGAUUAUGCUGUUCAUAUUCUUAUAAAUUAUCUUAAAAACGACUGCUCUGAUAAAACACAAAGAAUUAAUGCUUCGUUUGAAGCAUGUGCUUUACCACUGCUACAAGCCGGGUUGUCAACAUUCCUUGUUAUGUUUCCUGUUCUGUUUUCUCCAGUGGGCAUUUACAGUUUAAUCUCUAAAGCAGUUUUACUGACUGUAAUAUUUGGUCUUUUUCACGGAUUAUUUGUCAUGCCCGUGAUCCUAACCUUUUUACCUGUUGGCCUCACUCGUGGGCUUAUUUGCUACCUUAAAGGAUGA